UAAUUUAAAACAGAGAAGGAAACCUCCCAAAAAAGGGUUGACUUAAUUUUCUCAAAGUCUUAAAACCCAGUCGGGGUUGGGAAGGGUACCCAGAAAGCUUUGACUAAUUGAUCAGUUCCAUCAAAUUCUUGGAUCUUCAGCCAUAGAAAAAACAAAAUGAAUCAAAACAUGAAGUCUUUGUUGAUCGGAUUAGCAGGAGCAGCAAUUACUUUAUCAGCGUAUUCACAGACUUUGGUGUCCCCAACUCAGUGCAUCACUGUUGGCCUCUUCGUUCUAAUGUUUGGGUUGCUAGUCAGGGAAGGUCUUAUUUCUCUCUAAUCUUUUCUUCUUCUCUUUUCUAAGAUUCGGAAUUCCAGACUUGCAUGUUCUCCCUU